AUGCAAGUGGGCGUGAAUUAUGGCGAAGGAUGGAGGCCACGGUGGUUUGUGCUCCAAGACGGCAUUCUCUCCUACUUCUCCGCAUCAACCCCACUUCUCCAUUUCUUUUUUACAAGCUACAAUGUCAAUGUUUCGACGAUUCGAGAGAGCAAAUCCGAUAAUAAGAGAUUUUCAAUGUUCACGGAAACGAAGAGCAUGCACUUGAUAGCAGACAUAGAGGAUUGGACGGCGUGGAUGGAGGUGUUGCAAGUGGUGAAGGAAAUACUCCCAAGGAUCUCGAACAGCGAGCUAACGGCGUCAUUGGACAAUGUGGGCAUCUCGACGGAGAAGCUGAGACAAAGGCUUCUAGAAGAAUGGGCGAGUUAG